AUGUGUUUUCACAAGACUUGCAGGAUCAAACGAUUCCUGGCUAAGAAACAAAAGCAGAAUUGUCCCGUUCCCUGGUGGAUUCAGAUGAAAACUGGUAAUGAAAUCAGGUUAAACUCCAAGAGGAGACACUGCAGAAGAAUCAAGCUGGGUAUAUAAGGGGUCACACAUGAGAUGGUACACAUUUAUGCUGUGUCGAGGGCCCUGGCUCAUACCAUAUCACACCGUAAACAUCGCUACUCCUGAACAACUGGAUGUGCUUUAUUGGGAAUGUAUUUUUUUUCUGUUUCUCUGCUUCUGCACUAGCAGGUUGGUUCAGUAAUAAAUAUAUAAGAACUUUUCUUUUUUUUUUUUUUUACAGAGAGAGAGCAUGAGCAAGGGACAGAGGCACAGGGAGACAGAGAAUCCCAAGCAGGCUCCAUGUUCAGCAUGAAGCCCAACACAGGGCUUGAUCCCAUGACCCCGGGAUCAAGACCUGAGUCAAAAUCAAGAGUCAGACGCUCAACUGACUGAGCCACCCAGGCAUCCCUUCAA